UAGGGUGCGCGGGGUUGGGUGGUGGUUCCCGGGCCCCGGCGGCAGCGCUCCAGCGGGUCAGGCGGGCGCUCCAGAGUCCUCGCUCGGCCAGGCCCAGCGGCCCCGGCCAUGGAGUCCUACGAUAUCAUCGCCAACCAGCCCGUGGUCAUUGACAACGGUUCAGGAGUAGUUAAGGCUGGCUUUGCUGGAGAUCAGAUUCCGAAGUACUGCUUCCCAAACUAUGUGGGUCGCCCGAAGCACGUCCGGGUUAUGGCUGGGGCACUAGAAGGAGAUCUCUUCAUUGGACCGAAAGCAGAGGAACACCGAGGGUUGUUAUCCAUCCGGUACCCCAUGGAACAUGGCAUUGUCCGGGACUGGAAUGACAUGGAGAGAAUCUGGCAGUACGUUUAUUCCAAAGACCAGCUGCAGACAUUUUCAGAAGAGCAUCCUGUUCUCCUGACAGAAGCCCCCCUAAAUCCUAGCAAAAACCGGGAGAAGGCUGCAGAAGUUUUCUUUGAGACCUUCAAUGUUCCUGCUCUCUUCAUCUCCAUGCAAGCGGUCCUCAGUCUUUAUGCCACAGGCCGCACCACAGGAGUCGUGCUAGAUGCUGGUGAUGGUGUGACGCACGCGGUUCCCAUCUAUGAGGGCUUUGCCAUGCCUCACUCAAUUAUGCGGGUUGACAUUGCCGGGCGGGAUGUCUCCCGUUACCUCCGCCUGCUGCUACGGAAAGAGGGCUAUGACUUCCACACCUCGGCCGAGUUUGAGGUGGUCAAGACAAUAAAGGAGAGAGCUUGCUACCUGUCCAUCAACCCCCAGAAGGACGAGGCCCUCGAGACAGAGAAGGUGCAGUACACGCUGCCUGACGGAAGCACCUUAGAUGUUGGUCCCGCCCGAUUCCGAGCUCCCGAGCUGCUUUUCCAACCAGACCUCAUAGGAGACGAAAGUGAAGGGAUCCAUGAAGUGCUGGUGUUCGCCAUCCAGAAAUCUGACAUGGACCUGAGGCGGACACUGUUUGGGAACAUUGUCCUGUCUGGAGGAUCUACGCUCUUUAAAGGUUUUGGGGACCGACUGCUCAGCGAAGUGAAGAAACUUGCUCCAAAGGAUGUCAAGAUCAAGAUUUCUGCUCCUCAGGAGAGAUUAUACUCAACGUGGAUUGGGGGCUCUAUCCUGGCCUCCCUGGACACAUUCAAGAAGAUGUGGGUCUCCAAGAAGGAAUAUGAAGAGGACGGCUCCCGGGCCAUCCAUCGAAAGACAUUCUAGGGCUGGGUGGGGGUGGCGGCGGCAGCAGGAAGCAGCAGCGGGGGUCUGUGGGCGACUUGUCCAGGUCGUGUCUCUUCUCUCGUGAUCCUUUCUUGUCCGGGGCUGCUCCUUCCUCCCCUCCCUUCCGGGCCCCCCACUUCCCUCUCUUAGCACCCCCAAUGCAUGUUGCUAGCCUGCACCUCCCUGGGAGGAGGUGAGGCUCUCUUUCAAGGCCUUGUCUGGGGGGGAGGGUCCUCCCUUUGCCGGGGAGGGACUCGAAGCUCUAUCCCACCCACCCCCGAUCCCCUCCAGAGCAACCCUUGUGCUUUGCUCCCACACUUGCCACGGGCUGCAAGCGAGGAGGAAGGCUGCCCUCCACGGCAGGAAGCUACCCUGUCCUUGGUCUUUCCGGGAUAGGCGUCUGCACACUCCCUGCCUCUCUGGAGGAACCGGGAAUGCUCACGUCUCCCGCAAAAAAACGGCAGGAAGGAAGCGGUUGGGAAAGAUGGCGCCUUAGAGCAACCGCGCUGCUUGCCACCUCUCGUCAGAUCGGCCAAGGCCCCCCGGUUUCUGGGGGGAAAGGGAUACCAAACGUUCUCCAGCCUGCCCAUAAAAGUGCACCAGCCCCUGGGUCCUUCCCUGCCCUGCGUACCAGGGGGUCUCUGAGACCAGAGUGAUGGUGGCCUCAACAUAAGCCCAGCCUGUAUUCCAUCGUAAGUCCAAGCCCCAUCCUGGUAUUGGUUAAGAAAUAGGAGACUGAUGAGAGGCAGGUCACAAGGGGCAUUCGAAUGUCCCUAGGGUGUGGGUCACCUCUUUCCUUUGGUUUGUCUGUUCUCAGGAGCAGCGUUUCUCAGCCUUGGCCCCUUGAAGAUGGGUGGACUUCAACUCCCAGAAUUCCCCAGCCAGCAAUGCUGGCUGGGGAAUUCUGGGAGUUGAAGUCCACCCAUCUUCAAGGGGCCAAGGUUGAGAAACGCUGCUCAGGAGAUUGGGAUCAGCUCCAGGGAUAGCCUAAGCCAGCUGGAAGGCAGAAGCACGAGGGGAGGGAGGCAGCUUCCUAGCCUCAGCCCCAUCGGUUCUUCUAUACCUGUCCUCAAAGCGGGUUCAAGCGGUGGGAAGGAAUAUUGAGAUCUGGAUCUCAGCCUGGUUAGCCUAAAUGGGAGGUGGGAAGGGGCUGCCUUGGAGGGACAUAUAGGCUGUGGGAGCUGAACCAUCCCAUCCUGGGGUCCUUUGUGGCCUCUCUUCCUGAGCUGGAGCCAGGGUGGGGGGAGUUCAAGUGACCCAUGCUGGGAGACGACAUGGAGCAGGACCUGUAACAUUUAAGGCUGACAGGCCUGCUGUGAGCCCACUCUCCAUGAUGUUGCUGCCCUUUCCAUGUCUGGUUUGGCUCUUGGUACCUUGAUAUGCUCCCCCGCCAACCCUGUGGCUCACCCAUUGCGAAGGGCCAGGUCUCUCUGGGGGGGCUCUUCAUCUGUGUAUGAAAGCUGCCAGCUGCUGUAUCCAUCCCUGCCUCCUGGCCCAGCCUUUCCCAACCCGGGCGUCCUCUGAAUGGGUGGAUGUCAAUUCCGAGAAUCCCGCAGGCUCCAUGGCCGCUGCUGAAAAGUUGAGGGGUUGGCCCCCAGACUGGAUGGUGUCCCGCUUGGGAAACGCUGUCCCCAUCAGCUCUGGUCCCUCGCUUACUGCCUUUGUGGGGGAUUGGGUAGCGUGGGCUCAAAGUCCAGAAUUCAGGUGGUUCUCCUAAAAUAUAUACCAGUGGAACGCCUGUCUGGCUUUGCUAGCGAGGGGGGGCAAGGGGGGAGUUUUCCAAUAACUGCCCAGACUGCACAGCAGUGAAGAGGGCAGACAUCCUCCUGACUCUGGCUGUGUUGCAGGUAACGGCCUUAGCCUCGGGCUGGAGAAAGCGUUACGCCUUUUUAUGCGAACGGAUUUAUUUAAAAGAAAAACUCUUCUCUGUUCCCUUGAAGUGUGUGCGUGCGUUGGCUUCUCCAUGUUUCCCAUCUACAGUAACCAAACCAAAUGGAGGCAAAAGUGCCCUCUUCUUCCCACUCUGCCCCCCCUCCCACGAGACCACCUUUCUGGGCUGCAAUGUACAAUAAUUUAACACAGUUGCCUGUAUUUUUAUUUUGUAAAUUCAUUAUACUAAUAAUUAUAAAUUAACCGCCAGUG